CGGGCUUUGAGAGCUGGUAAGCGGUGGGAAAUGGCUGGAGACAGAGGCCAGUAAGACUGCUUAGCGGGGGCACUGCUGAAUUGUAGUCUUGUGUUUGCAUGAAUACAAGGGAGGAGGGCAAGGCAGAGCAAGCACAAAGUCGUCAGUGUGAUGAAGUAAAGCGGACCUUUCAGACAGCUGCAGUGUUGAGGAGAGUCACAGACGAUCCAAAACAGGAGCAAGUCCCACCUUCUUCCUCUUCUUUUCAUCAGCAUUACCAAUCCACGCCUCCUGACUCAGAGUCUUCACGCCCCAACACCAGUUAUGCAGACCAAGGUGGGGAACAGGCAGAGGACUAUGAGACAGAGGAGCAGCUGCAGAUCAGAAUCCUCACUGCUGCUUUAGAGUUUGUGCCAAAACAUGGCUGGUCAGUGGAGGCCAUUGCAGAAGGUGCACAGAUGCUGGGUCUCUCUCCAGCUGCAGCAGGGAUCUUCAGUAACGGUACUGGUGACCUGAUUCUGCACUUCAUAGCGCAGUGUAACAGCAACCUCUCCGAGAAGCUCGCUGAGCAGCACAAGCUAGUCCAACUCGGGCAGACAGAGCCCAAGAAGACGGAUGAGUUUCUGAGAGAUGCGGUGGAGGCCAGGCUCAGGAUGCUGAUCCCCUACAUAGAGAUCUGGCCGCAGGCUAUGAGUAUCCUGUUGCUGCCACAUAACAUCCCUGAGAGCCUCAAACACCUCUCCAUCCUAGUGGACGACAUCUGGUAUUACGCAGGCGACAGAUCUUCUGAUUUAAACUGGUACACACGGAGAGCUGCCCUGACUGGGAUCUAUAACACUACAGAGCUGGUGAUGUUGCAGGAUUCCUCUCCAGACUUUGAAGAGACCUGGAAGUUCCUAGAGAACAGAGUCAAGGACGUCAUGAACAUGGCGAACACUGCCAAACAGGUUCAAUCAACAGGAGAGGCAGUAGCGCAAGGAAUCAUGGGGGCUGCCGUCACUUUGAAGAACCUUACUGAAGUAAACCAGAGGCGAUGAAAUUGAUCUCCUACCAUAUUCUGUAUAGCUGCCUUCUCCCCUUCUAAAAAACAUACAGUGUCUAUCAGUGACUCCUCACAUUGUGAAGCCUCCAUAUCCACCAAGGCACACUCAAAAUAAUGUUUGCUUAAGUCAUGAUAUAUGAACCUUGGGUAUGAAUCCAAACCUGAUGUUUUACAUCUUCCUGCUGCCUUUCUAUGCUUUGGUGCCCUUGCUGCUCCUGCCUUUGCCUGUUAUAUUCUCUCACAGUGAUGUAUCUGUGAGGAUAGAUAAGGCUAAAUCGGGAGACAUCUACCAUUAGGGGUGAUUAGUUGGGUUAAAAUAAAGUCUGUAAUGAAGUAAUCCUGUGUAGGAAAGGACAAAUUUAGAAUUGAAAGAAACUAGACUUCACAGGCAACUAUAUCAGUGUGACUGGAUAUCCCACUGAUAUAAUUCGAAUCCAAUGGCAGGUGUACUUGGCCCUUUGUCAGUUUCCCUUGUAAUUAAAAGCUUGCCACAUUCUAUCUGAACAUCAUAUUUCCUUGUACUGUAAGCUUUCUCUGUGUUAAUGAAAACCACACGUGAAAUUGCCACAUGCUGUACGGAUCCCAUCUGCUUUUCCUAAAUAUAGACUGAUUUAUGUGCAUUGGAAUACUGUUACACAGGGUGAAUGACUAUAUAUACCUAGUAAAGAAAUAAACUAUAUAUAUAUAUAUAUAUAUAUAUAUAUAUAUAUAUAUAUAUAUAUAUAUAUAUAUAUUCAUAUUCUGCCGGCUUCUGCUAGAAAGGACCCUCAUUAUGUAAAAAGAAUAAAUGAUUCUGUACCUAGGAACUUACUUAAUAAGUUUUGGUUUAUUUUCUUUUCUUAAAAAUUGUCAGAUACUUGAUUUGAAUAAAUGUAUUUUGCAAAAUUUAUAA